AUGGAGUUAUUUCUUGAAUAUUUUGAGACAACGCCACCGGAAAAAUACCGAUUUCUCGAUUAUUACCAGUAUUGUAAAAGCCAGGAUGGGUUCACAGUUAAUUUUCGCCAAGAAGCAAAAAGACUUCAAGUUGCCUUGGAACACCUGGUGAAAAAUGAAUCGGGUUUAAGGAAACAAAAAGCUCAAUGUUUGCUUGAUGUUUUUGAGGCGAAAAGGGUACAUACUUCCACGACUACGGUGAGCGCGUACGCUCCGCUCACUUUAUGGCGUUCAUUAGAUCCCGUUGUGGUCUACAAGUUUUGUAGAGAUCCCGUUGUGAACCAUCGAAAAAAGAACGUGGAUGUUGAUAAAUUCUGGAAUGAAUUUGAAGGUGAAUCUCUGGAUAUAGAGCAUGGCAAAGAAAAAAAACAAUUACAGCUGGAUCAGUUGAAAAUAGCUCGUGUUAUGACAAAAGGAACUGAAGAUGGCGUUGAAAAUAUUAUGAAAAAUGUCAAUACGGAACUGGUUGAGUCAGCUACUUACCUUAAAAGAAGACUAGAUGUUGAUUACAAAGAAGAUCGAGAUGGGUACACUACGCCUUAUCCAAACUGUCCUAUGGUGAAUAAUCCGGAGGACGAAGAGAAACCAAAGAGACAGACUAAGACUGAUGAUAAGUCUUGCAUUUCAUCUGCCGGAACUAGUGAUGAUAUACCGAUUGGUAUUAAUUUUACAAAGCACAAGAGUGUGGAUGACGAGUCCGAAGAAUCCGAAGAAAGUGAUGAGGAAGACGAGUUGAGGCUAAACGUGGAAGAAAUUAGGUUCGAAGAAUACAUCGAUCGCGGGAAUAAACCUGUUGCUCUUGAUGAUAAUGAUGGUGGUUUAUAUGAAUUUUGCAAAAUAAUUACUGAAUCUUUUUCAAAAGAAUUUAAUUUAACAGCAAAGAAAGAAUUUUUUCAAUAA